GUUCUGAAGGAGGAGGAAUCAAGACUUCAAUGAGAAGAAGGGGCAUUGCGACAGGACUCGCAGUAGCUGGCAGCAGGAAGGAGCAGAAGGUCCAUCUGAAGGCAGGAAACUGGACUUGGUUCUAGAAAGAAAUAAACUCAGGGCACGGAAGGAACAGCCAUGGGUUGUUUCCGAACUCCACCGAGCCAUUCCUGGAUUUAUCCCACCGUGGUCCUCUGCUUAUUUGGAUUUUUCUCCAUGAUGAGACCCUCAGAACCCUUCCUUAUCCCUUAUUUAUCCGGACCAGAUAAAAACCUGACCAGCGCAGAGAUCACAAAUGAGAUUUUUCCUGUGUGGACAUACUCUUAUCUGGUGCUGCUGCUCCCCGUGUUUAUCCUUACCGAUUAUGUCCUCUACAAGCCGGUCAUCAUCUUACAAGGGAUUAGCUUCAUCAUUACCUGGCUGCUGCUCUUGUUUGGCCAAGGAGUGAAGACCAUGCAGGUUGUGGAGUUCUUCUAUGGGAUGGUCACCGCCACCGAGGUGGCCUACUAUGCCUACAUUUACAGCGUGGUCAGCCCAGAGCACUAUCAGAAAGUGAGCGGUUACUGCAGGAGCAUCACGCUGGUGGCCUAUACGGCGGCCUCAGUGCUGGCCCAGCUCUUGGUAUCUCUGGCCAGUCUAUCCUACUUUUACCUCAACGUCAUAUCCUUGGUGUCUGUCUCCAUAGCCUUCCUUUUCUCACUUUUUCUACCAAUGCCCCAGAAAAGCAUGUUUUUUCACGCAAAACCCAGCAAAGAAGUAGAGAAGCCAUCAUACACGAAUGCAGCAUUAGAUGAACCUCAUGAGGGUGAAGCAGCAGGCUGCGGAGAGGAGAAACCCACUUCAGUAAUACCUACCAUGUCGAGGAACCUGGAUGAUGGCUGGUUGAGCAGCCCAAGGCCCAAAAAUGUAGCUUUGAGAGUUUUUGUGCAGUGGUUCCAAGAUUUGAAAGAGUGCUACUCCUCAAAGCGUCUUUUUUACUGGUCCCUGUGGUGGGCUUUUUCCACAGCAGGUUUUAACCAGAUUUUGAACUAUGUUCAACUCCUUUGGGAUUACAAGGCACCAUCCCAGAGUUCUUCUGUCUAUAAUGGGGCAGUAGAAGCUAUCGCAACCUUUGGAGGGGCUGUGGCUGCAUUUGCAGUGGGUUAUGUGAAAGUCAACUGGGACCUUCUGGGAGAGUUGGCUCUGGCCAUCUUCUCAGUUGUCAAUGCAGGCUCUCUCUUUCUCAUGCAUUACACAACCAACAUCUGGGCAUGCUAUGCUGGCUAUUUGAUAUUCAAGUCCAGCUAUAUGCUUCUUAUAACCAUAGCAGUAUUUCAGAUCGCGGUUAAUCUGAGCGUGGAACGCUAUGCUCUGGUGUUUGGCAUCAACACCUUCAUCGCCCUGGUGAUUCAGACCAUUAUAACUGUGAUCGUAGUGGAUCAGAGAGGGCUCAACCUGCCAAUCAGCAUUCAGUUUUUAGUUUAUGGGAGUUAUUUUGCGGUCAUUGCUGGAAUUUUCCUAAUGAGAAGCAUAUACAUUAUCUAUGCGGCCAAAUGCCAAAAGAAGAUGCAGAGCUCUGCUACAAGUCAGAAUCCAUAUGUACCACACCCAGAGGAACCAGGGGAUGUCAUCAUGGGAACAAAGCUCUAAUCUUAUGUCAACCGUUACAGCCUCUGAGUGAGGGCUCUGCUGGUCACAAAGCCACUAAGUGCCAUAAAUUGACAUGCCUCACAAGUGUGGUUUCCAAUGAUCCUUUUCAAAACCAAAACAAAAUGUCAGCUUUAUACCAGAUAUCUAUGUGCCCAGCUGAACUGGAUG